UGUGUGCCCUGAGCACCUGGCCAGGACCCUCCGGGGAAAGAAUCUGAGGAAAACUUAGCUCCCCACCAUCACGAUGCGGUCUCAGGAGGAAGGGCCAGGGAAAGGGUCCCCAUGGCAACCUGGCCCCACCCUGCGGCAUCUGUGAUGUCACCGGCCUCUGCCAGGGAGGAAGCCAGACAUGGAGGCCAUGGCGCAGGGCAGAUCCAGCCUCCCAGAGGUCCUGAUGCAGGUCAUCAGGCUCUGGGUCCUGCUAGUCCAGAACCGCAUGCACCUGUACAGGCUCCUGCUGCUGAAGAUUGCCCUCUUCCAGGGCUGGGUGAGGGGGCUGUCCCUGGAGGCCCGGGGCCCCUGCCCCUGCCCGGUGCCCACCCACCAGUGCCCCGGAGCCGGGAUGGGCUGUGCCCGGGCCUUGCUGCUGGCGCUGCGGUGCCUUGGUAUCUGCAAGUGGCCUGGCCUGUGUGUGACCUCCUGGACGGGCCUGCUCCGCUCCUGUCUGCACAGCCUGAUGCUAGUGGCCUUGCUGUCAUUGCUGCUGGCCUGGAGGCUCUUCCAGAAGGCCCAGUGCUUCCUGGGCUGGCUGCCCUGCCAGGCUCUACUGGGAAGCCGCACGGUACUGGAGCUUCUGGCACUGCUGAGAUGUCUGUUCUGGCACCUGGCCUACCUCGUCACCUGGACCACCUGCCUGGCCUCCCACCUGCUGCAGGCGGCUUUCGAGCACACAGCCCAGCUGGCCCGGGUGCAGGAGGCCUCUGGGCCCUUGUCUGGGUCCCCACUCCCUGCUUCGUCCUCCACCCUCGAGUCUUGGCCCCUUCUGCAGGAGCCCGGGAGCCCCAGACAAUAAAAGUUCCCAUUGU